GUAAGCGGUUGGUGAGAGUGUUGUACUUUCCUGGUACUGUUGCAAUAGCAGAUCCUUACGUAGUGUCGAUUCACGUUUCGGCUUUCAGAACUGGAACCGCCUGCUCAGAUUUGGAGAGGGAGUUUUGCAGAAACGGGCAAAGACGAAAAUAAAGCCUGAAAAUCCCGUCACAGAUGUUGCUGUCACUAUCGAUUCAGCUGCAGUUUUGUAUGCACAAGCAUAUGCUGUUAUUGGUGCUAUCCAUGGUGUAUUUGAAGAAUGGUCCUUGGACUGCGGCUUGUUCCAUGUGAAAAGUAGAUGUUCUGCCAUCACCAAUCGGUCAUCUGACACGAAACUUCUCCGUGGAUUAUCCAUUUUCGCUGUGGAGAACAGUGGCCGAGAUUUUGCAGCCGCACUUUACACAUUCGCUGACAGAAGCGUUGCCCUCAUAUCUGAGUUUGGUUUCACUCGGUGGACCAUUGAGCAGUUGCCGUCAUCAAUUGGUCUUUUGCUUGGUAGUAUCAUCGUUGGGCAACACACAUCAACUGAGCUUUUUCAGUUCAAAAGACCCCAGACUGUUUCGAGCUUCCCGCAGCCUGAUGAAAUGGCCCAAAUCGCCCGAAUUCGUUGGCCAAGGGAUGUGCGUCGAGACAAUGUAAGAGCAAUGCUCGACAGUACGAAACCUGUGCUCAUAGCCACCCAACAUUUGGAUGCCGGAACAGAUGGUGAAAUUCGUGAAGCUCAGGAACAGUUCCUAUUGGCAACAUGGACUCGCUAUCUCUCACAGGCGUUUGGAAGAGCGUUCUUUACUUUUCGGUUAGCUCAUCUGCGUACCAGAUAUAAAUUUGUGAUAAUAUUGUCCAUUUCUUAUGUGCCUGAAAUGAAUUCUCUUAUUAUUGAGGAUCAUUUGAAGCAUCUACGAGAAUGGGGCGAAUUUUACAAUGGUGUCUCCGCUGGUCUUUCAAUUGUUGGAGCAGAUGUGGCACGUGUUGAUCAUGAAUGGCUUACAUUAUGCCAUACUAAUGAUAAAAUUAGUCCUCCAACGGCGGCAGGGUUAAUAUACGCAUUUGGAAUGAAUGGUCAUCUACCGAAUUUCAAUAUGUUCCACAUCCAUGAGGUUCUGGCAUCACUUGACAAAUUCCCAUCAAUAGCUCUCCUUCUUGGAAUGGCAAUGUCGAAACUUGGAACAGGGGAUCGACAAGUACAUAAAAUGCUCACGACACAUUUGCCAUUUCUUAUGGGACCUACAAUGUUGAACCUGAAGAUCGAUCCAUUGAUUCAGACGAGUGCUGUCUCGGGUCUUGGCUUAGACGAUUAUUCAUUAAUCCACUUAUUAAUCCAUACUGCCUGCCUUACAAUACUUCAAGACACGUUUCAGUUACUUUUCUGCCAACAAAACUGCGGCGAUGGUCCGCCUGUGUAUGCCCUAGCAGUCGAUAGUGAAGUAACGCUUUCAUUAGGAACUGGUAGAUUGCUGCUACGACAUAACGUUCCGUUUAGCAUUAGGCAGUUGCUGUGGGUCGUAUUUCCACCGUCGAAGAGCGAAAUAGAAACUGCUUGUACGCAGGAAUUCUUCUGUUUGGUGGGCACACGUGAUUUGAUGUUCAUCGCUGUUAAUGACUCUCAUCCGCUCGGAUAUCGACUGCAGUUUGAUCUUCGAUCUUUAAAGAUUCAUGCUGUCCAUGUUACGAAGUUUGGCCUCCUUGUUGAGCGUGACAUAUCUUCACGAGACACCUCGACUCAAGAAGUAGUAGCAUUAUAUUCUCUUUCGCAUCCGUUGAAUGAGUUACUAGCUGUGAUAUUCAAACCAAGAGGUUCUGGUGCUUCUAUAAAUACGGGACGAAUCCAUACUGGCUCAGGUACGGUCGGAAGUGGGUCGCUAAUUCGCUCAGUUCAUACGCGUUCAAUGACAGCUCGUAUGGCAAGAACUCGCUCCUUCCCGCAUCCACCCCAUGCGCCACCGACUGACAGUCCGGCGCUCUCGAUCUUUUCUCCUAUGUCUCUCGGCCAACACUCGGAAGCAGCAAACACUACAGCUUCACAAUUAUAUGAUCCGGUUCAUCAAAUAAUUACACCAAAGAUGCAGGUAUUCAGUCGCGAACUUCAGCGUCAACCCGAUUUUGACCUUUUGUUAGCCGAAUUGUGUCUCGAUCAUAUUUGGGCAGAGCCAUCAAAAAGAGAUGCCAGUGGGGAAAUCGCUAGCAAGAUGUUUCUUUCGCACAACGUGCUCUCGCAAGAUUUUCUGAAUUUUUUUCUUGGAGCUGUCGGUCAGUUACGAUCUAUUAGAGUCGUGCGCACCGUUGGGAACAUCACAACGUCGGGAACAUUAGGUUUUGUCCCAUGCCGCGAUGCUGUUGGGAUCAGAAAUGGCGACUUAACAGUUGUGUUGGAGAUGGAUAAUUCGAUCGGGCUGUACUCCGGGCAGAUAAAAUGCGCCGUUGCAGUUAUUCCCAGAUUCACCAUAUCUCCAUCAAUGUUGCUGAUCUCAGUUGACAACUUAUCAUUUGCCGUACAAUACGGAAGCCAAAUUACUAAGAUUAAAGUUCCGGCACUGUUUGACAAUUCAUUAGCUCGUGACGUCCUCACAGCAGUGGUAGAUGUACUACCACGGGAAAAAGCCAUGCAUCUGAUGUUAGAUUGGAGGGUGCGUAGCCGUAAUUGUGGAAAUGAUCUCGAUACCGCUGUAUCGGAGCGGCAGUUGCAUUCUGUACUACGUUUUCUGCUUAAGCAAUGUGGAGUAUCAAUUGGCCACCAUGACAAAUUGCCAUGGCGAAAGAUCCAACACAAAAGUGACGAUAGUGAAGUUGACGCCAAGCAAAGGCGCCCGAAAGCUUCAGCCGAGAUGGUAUGCUUAGAUAAAGGAAUUUUAUUUGGGGCUGCUACAAAAUUGAAUGCGGUUUUCAUUUUGUUCAUUUAG